CUCCUGCGGGACGGCCACUACACCCAGCGUCUCAGCGCCAACGCACCCGUGUACCUGGCGGCCAUCAUCCAGUACCUGACGGCCACGGUCCUGGAGCUGGCGGGCAACGAGGCCCAGAAAAUCGGCUGCAGGCGCAUCACCCCGGAGCUGCUGGACAUGGCGAUCCACAACAACGCCCUGCUCAGCGGCUUCUUCGGGAACACCACCAUCUCCCAGGUGGCCCCGGGCAGGCGGUAGCUUCCCAACGUGACCUGGGCUCCCCGGG